UGCGAAUCUGCGCAAGCGUUCGCACAUUAUCGAUCCCAUUUCAGUAGGGUGAUUGAGACGGGUUCAGACACCGAAUGCUCGAUGGUGGUUUUAUACAGAAUGCGCGAAAAAUAACAUUAACCUCCACGUAAAAUUUGCCCAAUUUCGCGAAAAACAAGUGCAAAUUCUAUUAAAAUUCGAAUCGUUUCAUGUGCUAUGUGCCAUUGAAAAUCAGCGAUCUUAGUUGGCGCGAAGUUGAAUUAAAGCAGUACUACUCCUUCGAUGGACCCAGCGGUACGCACCCUACAAAAGAAACGUACCUCAAAUUUUCGAGAGGACGAGACCAAAUUAUUGAUUCAGCUAUGGGGUAGUCCUUUUAUACAAAAAAAGUUGUAUCUAACGCAUAGAAAAGCCCCUGUAAUGCGAAUUUUGGCCGCCAACAUGCAGCAACGUGGUUUUUACAGAACACCAGACGAAAUUAAGACUCGAAUUCGCAACCUCAAAUGUCUAUAUCAUCGAAUUAAAAGGUCCAUGACCUGUGGUACCGGGAUUGGAACGAUUGAUCCUGAUUGGCCCCAUUUCAAAGCGAUGGACGCCAUCUUAAGUAAACAGGGACAACGGAGGACCGAAGAGAAUGCCCUCGAAGGGCCCCGUUGUGAAGAUAUCAAGCAAGAAAUUGAAAUUGACAUCAACGAUGACAUGGAAUCCUGGGCUACUAAUGACAGCAUACACGGGUCCGAAACUAACGAAGAGCCUCCUCCAGCAAUGCCCAGUUUACAACCGGCACCGUUAUCAAAACUUUUGAAGCCGAAACAGCUUGAGACCAAUAAAUCUACCGUUCAAACUAAAGCAAUUUCGACCAUUAUACCCAACGUCACAAUUCCUACACAAAAUUUUCAAUUAGGAAGCAACACGGUGAAACCGCCGACAGGAGCAGUCCCUUCGUAUCCCCUUCCUUUGCUCAUUUUGAAUGGACUUCAAACAGGACAAGCUGACAAAAACAAGUUGGCAUCACAAGCAGCAGCUGGAGCGAACAAUGCAGCGAUCAACAAAGAAAAUCACCAAGAGCUAUGCAACGUGUUAAAAGACCUAUUAGAUACUCAACGUCAAUCGUUAGACGUUGAAAAACAGCGACUUGAAUUAGAAAAGCAGAAAGUGGAAUUUGACCGUGCUGUUGGAUCACAGCUUUUAACAUUGGUUCCAAUUGUUGGUGCAAUUCUUCAAAGGCUAGCGUUUGCUUCUAAUCAGGAUCUAUUAAAUGCUGCUGAAGAAAUAAAUUGUUCUUCUAUUUUCAAAAAUGGUAGAAAAAGAGCAGCCGGUGGUGGAAAUUUGGAUAUUUUAAAAGACAGCAAAAUUCUUAGAACAGUAUUAGAACAAGGCAUUAAGAAAUACAUGAUGGACGAUGACGAAACAGAAGAAAACGAUGACCAUGAAAAUGAAACAAACAGUGAAGAGGAAAAGUAUGAAAGCGAAAUGUCGAAGAAAGCGAUUCGUAAAGUUGAAGCAAAGAGAACCGAAGAAAAAAAAGAAGAAACCAAAAGUAAUGAAGAACAGCAAUAAAAAGCUGUUUAGUUAUUGUGAUGUCUUUUUAUAAGAAUUAAUGUUUAUUUUGAAGGUGAUUUUGUGCCAUUUGUCUGUGUUACUUUAUAGUGAGUGUUUACAUUCCUUUAGAUAUUAGUUAAUUUAUUCAAUAUUUAUUCACUUUACUUAUAAGAAUAUUAGCAAAGAUUAUUAUAAAAGAGACAACAGUGAUUGUCUUUCUUUCCCAAAUAGUACUUUUAAGAAAAAGACUGGAUAUAACUUUUACUUUAUUUGAUUUUAGUUUCCUUAUUUUACUUUUUGAUACUUUUCUAAGAGACUGUUUGGGAAAUUUGUGCUAAUAUACGUACUUGGAAGUUUUCAUUACUUUUGUACCUUAUUAAAUAUAAAAAUUUGUUAAAGAAUUGCC